GCGACUGAGUGAAGUCAGACGAAUAAACGAAAAUUAAAAAAAUAAUUCGAAAAGUUUUGAAGGAAUUUAAAAUCACAAAAUGUACGCUCUAAAAGUGAUAUGUUUAGUUUUGUGCUUAAGUUUUGCGACUGCAAAAAUACAUCGCAUUCACAACUCCGAACUUAGUCUACUUAAUAUUAUGUUCAAUUCACGUAGUGCACUAGAAAAUAGUCCACAAAGAUCUAUGGCAUGUUUUGAUUACUAUCUACCCAAAUUGAAUGCUAUCGCAUCAGAGUACGAAAGAAGUUUUGGAAUAUGCGAGGAUAAUGCAGAUGCAGCUAGGGUUGAUGUUGAAGAAGCUAAGGACCCUGCCCGUAAUAAAUUACAAGAAGACGUUGAUGGUACCUGUAAUCAGUUUAGCACUUGUACUGAUGAAUCAUCAGCUAUUCCAUCAUUGGAAUGUUUCAAAAACAAAGCUUCUAAUAGUGCAAAAUCCAUGUUAAAAGUUUCAGAUGAUGCUUCGGAUAUUUUGAUAGAACUUCGUGAGGAAUACGUAAUUAUUGAUAACGCAGAACAACGCUGCAAAACUGAAGCAGAACGUAUUUACGUUCAGGACAGCAGUCAAGCUUCUGCAGACAUGCAGGAUUGUUUAAAUGGCAACUCUUCAGUUCCACCAGCAGAUACCACAACAAUCCCUACAACAACUGAAGAUGAUACCACAACAACUGAAGAUGAUACCACAACAACAGAAGAUGAUACCACAACAACUGAAGAUGAUACCUCAAUAACUGAAAGUGGUGAAGACGACGAAUCUGAUGAAAUGCCGGAAGAAGAUGUUGAUAUGUUACAGAAAUUAAUUAAAAAACAAAUUCUUAAAAUUAAAUACUAAACAAACGUUUUUAGUAAAAAAUGUUUGAGAAAU